AUGAAUAAAAUAUACUACAUACUGUUUUUAAGCGCCCAGUGCCUUGUGCACAUGGGUAAGUGCGAGCCAAACCAUAACCACAACAGACUGACCCGCAGCGCUAACAACGCUUCUUUGCAAAAGGAGCCUAUCAUUGAGAGAAGUACACGACUGAGUAACCCAUGGAAAGCGUUCAUGGAAAAGUACGAUCUCGAAAGAGCACACAGUUCAGGAAUUCGAGUUGAUUUAGGGGAAGAUGCAGAAGUGGGAAAUUCCAAGUAUAGGAUACCAGCUGGAAAGUGUCCAGUUUUUGGAAAGGGUAUCGUUAUAGAGAAUUCUAACGUUAGCUUCUUAAACCCUGUAGCUACAGGAAAUCAGAACUUGAAGGAGGGAGGUUUCGCCUUCCCGAGGGCAGAUGACAAUAUUUCCCCUAUAACAAUAGAUAACCUUAAACGAAGAUAUGCAGAUAAUGUAGAGUUGAUGAAGCUAAACGAUAUAGCUUUGUGUAAAACGCAUGCAGCUAGCUUUGUCAUGGCAGAGGAUCAAAAUUCGUCUUAUAGACACCCAGCUGUUUAUGACGUAGAUAAGAAAAUAUGUUACAUGUUGUAUUUAUCUGCGCAAGAAAAUAUGGGUCCAAGAUACUGUAGCCCAGAUGCAGAAAAUAAAGAUGCCAUGUUUUGCUUCAAGCCAGAUAAAAAUGAAAGUUUUCAAAACCUCGUAUAUUUAAGCAAAAAUGUGAGUAAUGAUUGGGAAAACAAAUGCCCCCGUGCAAAUUUAGGAAACGCUAAAUUUGGCUUAUGGGUGGACGGGAACUGUGAAGAAAUUCCAUACGUUAAAGAAGUGAAGGCAGAGAAUCUACGUGAAUGCAACAGAAUCGUUUUCGAAGCUAGUGCAUCAGAUCAACCAAGGCAGUACGAAGAAGAACUAACGGAUUAUGAGAAAAUACAAGAAGGCUUUAGGCAGAACAAUCAGGACAUGAUUAAAAGUGCCUUUCUUCCAGUGGGUGCAUUUAACUCAGACAAUUUUAAAAGUAGAGGAAGAGGAUUUAACUGGGCAAAUUUCGAUAAGGUAAAUAAAAGGUGUUACCUUUUUAAUGCCAAACCUUCCUGCCUCAUUAAUGACAGAAAUUUUAUUGCAACAACAGCGUUAUCUCACCCUCAAGAAGUAGAGGAUAAGUUUCCAUGCAGCAUAUACGAAGAUGAAAUUAAGAGAGAAAUUGAAAAACAAUCGAGGAAUAUGAAUCUGUAUAGCGUUGACGGAGAACGGAUUGUCCUGCCAAGAAUAUUUAUCUCCACCGAUAAGGAGAGUAUCAAAUGUCCAUGCGAGCCUGAACACAUUUCCAACAGUACCUGCAACUUUUACGUUUGUAACUGUGUAGAGAAAAGGGCAGAAAUUAAGGAAAAUAACGAAGUUGUCAUAAAGGAUGAAUUUAAGGAGGAUUACGAAAAUGCGGAAGGCAAAUCCAAGAAACAGAUGCUACUAAUUAUUAUCGCAAUAACUGGAGGUGUCUGUGUGGUUGCACUGGCCUCCAUGUUUUACUUUAGGAAGAAAUCUCACGAUGAUAAGUAUGACAAGAUGGAUCAGGCAGAAGCGUACGGAAAGCCCACCACCAGGAAGGACGAGAUGCUCGACCCCGAGGCGUCUUUCUGGGGCGAGGACAAGCGGGCCUCUCACACCACGCCUGUGCUUAUGGAGAAGCCUUACUACUGA